CCUUGAUCGAAUCAUUGCACUCUUCCUCUGCGCUAGCCGAAUCCGGAUCUAAUGGGCGACGCGAGAUUCAAGAUAUGCACGGACCUUCGCGUCGUUUGACGCGUGGCACGCGCUUCAAGAACCAUCUCUUCCAUCUCCAUCCAGCCGCAACCACCUCGAAUACUGUACACACAGCUUUGCGCCCGACGGCCGCAUCUUCACUACGUUAAUACAGCUUCUAACUACCAUUCUGCUCUUGCUCCUUACUGAGGGGUUGACAGUCUGAUUCAAUCAUGAACGAAGUGAUUAGAGACGAGGAGGUGAAACGUCGCAUCAGACUCGCGGCAGAGUUCUUAGACCCACAGGAUGUCCUAGCCCGGAGCUACCGCCCGGAUAUCCUUGUGAUGUUGAACCGUGGUCUCAGGAGACUCACGGUCAGCUUGGAUGAGAUCAGAGCACAUAACCGCGAGUUGGCCGACGGUCUUUUGAACCAGCCGUUCGAUUUCACGGAAGCCUUCGACCGCGCGCUAAAGGAAGUUGUGAAGACAUUCCCUGAUCGACCGAAGAGCGAGACUGCCGAUGACGUGGUAUACUAUUGCGCAUAUAUCGGAAGCUUUGGGGAGUUCUCGUGUAAUCCGAGGACGCUGAGCUCAACCCAUCUCAACCACAUGGUGUCUUUAGAAGGUAUUGUGACGAAGACCUCGUUAGUGCGACCGAAAGUCGUCAAGAGUUUCCACUACAGCGAGAACAAACACAAGUUCUUCUACCGGGAAUACAGAGACCAGACAAUGACUAUGGGUGCCGCCAGCACAAGCGUUUACCCCACCGAAGACGAUGAGGGCAACCCGCUGAUUACGGAGUAUGGGUAUUGCGUGUACAGGGACCAUCAGACCAUCUCGAUCCAAGAAAUGCCAGAGCGGGCUCCAGCGGGCCAGUUGCCUCGCUCUGUUGAUGUGAUUUUGGAUGACGAUCUCGUCGACCGUGUCAAACCUGGCGACCGCAUCCAGCUGGUCGGUAUAUAUCGAUCUCUCGGAAACAGAAAUGCGUCAUCGGGUAGUUCAACCUUCCGCACGUUGAUUCUCGCCAACAACAUCAUACUACUUUCGUCAAAGUCUGGUGGGGGCAUAGCCCAAGCCACCAUCACUGAUACCGAUAUCCGGAAUAUCAACAAGCUUGCUAAGAAUAAGCGAGUUUUCGACUUGUUGUCACAAUCGCUUGCACCUUCGAUAUACGGUCAUGAUUAUAUCAAGAAAGCCAUACUGCUGCUUCUCCUGGGCGGACAAGAAAAGAACCUUGACAAUGGAACCCACCUAAGAGGAGACAUCAACAUCCUCAUGGUCGGGGAUCCUUCUACAGCCAAGUCGCAGCUACUCCGGUUUGUCCUGAAUACCGCUCCACUAGCUAUUGCCACCACUGGCCGUGGAUCUUCUGGCGUCGGUCUCACAGCAGCCGUGACAUCGGACAAAGAGACGGGUGAGCGACGCUUGGAAGCAGGUGCCAUGGUUCUGGCCGACCGCGGCGUGGUAUGUAUUGACGAGUUUGACAAAAUGUCAGACGUCGAUAGGGUUGCGAUACAUGAAGUCAUGGAACAGCAAACGGUCACUAUCGCGAAAGCCGGUAUCCAUACAUCUUUGAACGCUCGAUGCAGUGUGAUCGCUGCGGCCAAUCCCAUCUUCGGGCAAUACGACAUCCAUAAGGACCCGCACCGGAAUAUAGCACUGCCGGACUCCCUAUUGUCCCGUUUCGAUCUGCUGUUCGUCGUCACGGAUGACAUUGAGGACGCGCGCGAUCGACAGAUCUCCGAACACGUUCUUCGCAUGCAUCGCUACCGGCAACCAGGGACCGAAGAAGGGGCUCCCGUGCGUGAGGAAGGAGCGCAACUGCUGGGCGUUGGCCUCGAGAACGACACCGAGAGCAACGGGCCAACCGAGGUCUAUGAGAAGUUCAAUCCCAUGCUCCAUUCAGGGGUAACUGUCACGGUGGGUCGAGGGGCUUCCCGACGCACAGAAGUCAUCAGCAUCCCAUUCAUCAAAAAAUACAUACAGUAUGCGAAGCGGGAGAAGCCAAUGCUUACAAAAGGAGCCGCCGAUCACAUCGUUGCCACAUAUUCUGCGCUUCGCAACGAUGAACUCGACUCUGGGACUCGCCGUACCUCUCCCAUCACUGCACGUACGCUUGAGACACUCAUUCGGUUGUCGACGGCCCAUGCCAAAGCGAGGUUGUCCAAGCGCGUUGAGCAGAAGGAUGCCGACAUUGCGGAGCAGAUUUUGCGCUUCGCUCUCUUCAAAGAAGUUGUGGAGACGGAUCGCCGGAAGCGCAGACGUGUAACUCGCGAUCCAGACGCAAUGUCCACGGAUGAGGACAGCUCUGGUGACGAAGAAGAUGGGGAUGAAGGGCGCCAGGCUACUCCACCGCGACGACCAGGCGGUCCCAGCACGCGGAGCCAACGAACGCAGACGACGCGUACACCUGCGGCCGCCGAGAAUGACAACGACGGAUACGAUGACCUCUAUCAAGUCACGCCGACAAGUCAGCGACGUGGUCGAGCUAGCCGGGGAACUCAUACGCAGACCAGCCGUGGGGAAUGGGCUUCAUCUCAAAUCAGCGCCGCGUCCUCCCGUCCCGCGUCCGAACUUCCGCCGACGCAGACUGAGUCCCAAGAAGACUCGCAAGCAGCCAUCACGGAUGCUCGACUGAAGGUGUUCCAGACAGCGCUGGGGCAGCUCAUCGAUGGGCCUCUAUUUGCGAAUGACGCUGCGGAUGUCGAGCCAUUGUUAGCUGCCAUUAACGCACGACUGGGCAAUGGUGCAGGGAGACAUGCAUUUGAGAUUGAGGAAGCUGAGCAGGCUUUGAACAAGCUAAGUGACAGCAAUAAGAUCAUGUAUUCAGGUGGGAUGGUGUAUAAGAUAUGAGAACAGGUACACGCAAGCGCACUGAACCAUCGGUUACGGCCAUAAUGUGCUUUGCGUUUACAAGCUUGCGAGGUUUAUAACAUCUCAAUCGAAUAAGAUUGCUGAACC